AUGAUGAAGCUGCUUCUUUCUCUGACUCUCAUCUGGGCGCUCUCCAGCACAGGUGAAGCACUUGUGUGUGAAACUUGUACAGAUGUUACCUGUUCAACCACAGCAGCAGUUACAUGUCCCACAGGCACGAUGUGUAUCACAGCUUCUAUUCAAGCCGUUUCAUCUGGGACUCCUGGACAGCAAAUCUACAAGGCCUGUGCCCCCCCCUCCCUGUGUCCAGCCACAGGCUCUUCUACAUUUUCAGUGAACUUGGGUGUUUCGAGUGCACUUGCAAGUGCUACAUGCUGCAACACAGACAACUGCAACUCCAACACUCCUCCUUUCCCUGUGGUUCCAGCAGAUAACAGUCUACAGUGUCACUUCUGUAACCCCAUGACCUCUGAUUGCAGCUCUUCAGUACAAUGUAGGGGAACAGAGGAUCUCUGCUUUCAAGCCAGUGUGACAAAUACAGGCGGCACUUCUCCAGCUUUUGGCUGUGCAUCUACAAAUCUGUGUGCAGCUGCUGCCAGCCUGGGGUCACUGCCUUUCAUGCAAAGUGUUGGUAACAUUACCAGUGGACCAGCCUGUUGUGGGACUAGUUUGUGUAACACUCUCACUACAACAACAACAACCCCAACGACAACAACCACUACCCCAACUACAACCACCACUACUCCUACUAUAACAACCACUACCCCAACUACAACGCCCCACCACUAA